AUGUCCGACGAGGCUCUCUUGUCCGAGUUGUGCACUAUUUGCUUCACGGAAAAGCCCAAGUAUCGAUGCCCAAGAUGCAAGACCCGCACAUGUUCGUUGCCUUGCUACAAGCGCCACCAGCAGAGAGCUUCGUGCAAUGGCAAGCGGGAUGAAGCUGUCUAUGUCAAGAAGAGUGAGCUCGCCACGCCCGCCGGUAUCGACCGCGACUACAAUUACCUCAAAAGUGUUGAGCGUACCAUCGAUCAUGCCAGUCGCGAGGCCCAGGAUCGUGGCGUCAAUGGCAAAGAUGCGAGCAAGGUCUUCGAAAGGGGUCUGCACCCCGAAAGUCUCCUGCAACGCUACCUGACCAUGAAUCGCAUCGCCGUCAACCGAGCUCCUCGAGGAAUGAGUCGUCAGAAGACCAAUCAGACCCGCUCAACAAAACGCCAGCAUGUCAUGUGGACGGUCGAGUGGGUUGAUGCGCACGGCGACCGGGACAUUCAGCAUAAUUGUCUGGAGUCAAGCACCGUGGCCGACGCUCAUCAGCUCAUGCGGCUGGAGAAAGAUACAGCCGAGCGCAAGUCUGCAGCUGGGUCAUCCUCGGAUAUAUCCAAGGUCGAGGAUGUGGGAGUCAGCCAUUCCACUGAAUCUAUUACCGACAAUCCUCUGACCCAGGCUAACGGUCUGGACGCGACAACUACCGCUGAUGCUGAACCCUGCACCAAGAGCGACCCAGCCGCAGAAGCACAUCCCGAUUCGAAACGCUACUUCUAUUUGCUCAAGACUGGCACAACCUCGGCAUCGAAAGUUCUCAUUCCUUUGCAUGCGGGAGACAGCAUGACAGAAUGUCUAAAGAAUCGCACUGUCCUGGAGUACCCCACCAUCUUCGUGCUACCAGAUUGUCCGGACUCGCUGCCGGACGGCUUCCUGCUCGACAAAGAGUACGACAAGAUCCGCAAGGGUGAAGAAAUCGAACUUCAAGAUGCUCUGCGGUCCGCCGGAUCGCUUCCAGAGAAGGAGAUCGUGCGAUCUGAGUCCAAUACGCCUAGUCAGGUCGACGCUCAACGAAUCCUCGACAUGUUGAAACGUGAUGUGACAAGAUAG